AUGAAAUGUCGCCAGGUGAAUUAUUCGCGUGUCACGAGUACUUCCGUUUGGUCGAAGUUUGAAAUCCAUCUGUCACUCUGCAAACUUACAGCCUUAUGGAGAACCGAAAGAGCCUAUUCCUAACCUAUGUUAUUUGGUUGAUUUGGGGAUGGUUCGGACUACAUCACUUGUAUCUGGGUCGAGAUAUUCAAGCUUUCGUCUGGUGGUCAACCAUUGGAGGUGUGUUCGGCCUGGGAUGGUUUCGCGAUCUUUGGCGCAUUCCAGAAUAUGUUGACGACGCCAAUGACGAGCCUUACUUCGUGGAGGAACUGAAACGAAAGAUAAAGCUCAGAAAAGAGCCAGCUUUCAGUGUGACCAGAUUCGCAGGACAAAUGCUUGUAGGUUAUUUUUACGGUAUCUUGGUUCGAUUGGCGAUACCCGAGGAUGCAAGAUGGCUUCCGGCUUUGUUGGUGCCGCUUGGAGUUGCGAUCGGUGUGUACUUAGUAGGGAAUAUAGGCCGUGAGAGAGGUGAUUUCAAAUACCCUUUGGCAGGAUCUUUCAUUGCUAAUAUUGCUUUGACAUAUCUGACCGGAGAUGAGGCUGGUGCAAUGUACGUUGCUUUAGUUGCUGCAAUAUGUUUUCAAAACCGCCGCCAGUUCAAAGAGAAACCGCAGAAAAAGACCUUUUGUAAGCGACUGCAAUACCUGGCACUCGGCGGUUUGAUUGUUUGUUCUCUCUGGGGAUCAUUCCUCUAUUUCAACGCACAAGUCACAACUGAAGACGGAGAAACCGUGAAAUUACGCGAUGCAGUGAAUCACUUCUUUAAUUCGCCUGUGUGGUUGGAGUUCAAAGAGGUGUUCUGGGGUUUGUAUGAAGAAGGUCAGAAAAACGGCUGGGACAACUUCUACGACGAGUUUGUCAAGGCAUUAGACCCAAGAGGAGAAAAGAACGCUUAUCGAGUACUUGGGCUAACAGAGGACGCAACACAAGAGGAAAUCAAACGAAGAUACAAGAAACUUGCUGUAAAGUGGCAUCCCGACCGAAAUCCAAACAACAAAGACGAGGCCCAAGAGAAAUUUAUGGAAAUUCAAGAAGCUUACGAGAUUCUGUCUAAAAUCAAAACAAUGAGAGCUUCUAGAAACACAAGGACAAGAAGCGAUUCUGACGAACAUGACCACACGGAAUUUUAACCAAGGAUAGUUUGUAGACCAAAUACAUAAAUAUUUUAUAGAUCGAUGUUGUCGACAAUUCUAGCAACAGGUGGGUAAACAGUAUGUAAUUAUUGUUGUGAGAACUGUGAUUCCUUUGUCACCUGUGAACUUGUUUUAGAGAAAAAACACUUAUGCUUGCGAGAGGUUUUGGACUGUUUUGUUAUUUAUACAUAGAUGUAUAUGGACAAUUAAAGUCAAUUGAAAAAAUCAAUUUAGCCACGUGCGGAUUGCGUGACAACAAAAGUAGGAAGUAAUGGUAGCAUGAACAGGAGCUAUUGUAGAUGCAGACUAGCAUACAAGGUGCAGCAAUCCCAGAGUAAAAGGGUGGGAUUGAUACUGAUUGCACUUUGGAAUAUUGCCCUUUUGUUUCUGUUUGUUCCAAAAUUUGAAGGCCUGCAGCCCCUAGAAAUCUGCAACUAUGUACAAAGAACAUCCCUUGUUUCGUGAUAGACUCUUCUGAGUGCUUGCACCUAAUGGAACCUUUCUGGUAUGCUAAUGCUUGGAAGAGGCUUGAUGCUGUUGAGCCAAAAUACCAAUGGCAAGACCAAACAAGCUUGAUAUAGUGCCAGAGGGUACUAAAAAGGAUACAAUUAUUGUAUCCAAUUUGAGCCAAAAAUCCAUUGACAAUGCAGGACUGAUUGACUUAUGUGUCAGUGGUUCCUAAAAGUAUCCAAAUCCACCUUAUGGACGGUCACUUGAAAUUCUGAGGGGAAGGGGUUCUCAAAAACCAAAAAUUGAAACUGAAAGUAUGAAGCUGAACUGGAAUUUCUGGAGUGGUGGGAGGGGAUUCAAACCAAACCUGCAAAGUGGACUGGAUAUUUUCUGGACAGUAACCCACAUUAAAUCUAGUCCUGACAAUAACUUUGUGGCAUAUCAAGUCAAUACUCAAGCUGUGAUGUUAAUUUUUAUCCCCCAUAUAAUAAAUUUAUUAUUUAUUAGAACUUGCAUCGAUAAAGCAUCAGGGGAUUUGAUAAUGAUUAGAGGAUUGACACUGCUUUACCAUCUGUAAACAUAUAAUGUAAUAAGUUUUUGAUGAUUCAGUUACAGGUAUGUUGGAUUCCACAAAUAACAGUAUUUUGGUAUAUUUCAAUAAAGAAAGUAAUUAUUUA